GACCCACCGAUCACGUGACCGCGCGUUUUCCUAUAGCGACGCGUUCCAGCAACCGUUGAUCGCUCUGGUUAUUAUACUACAAGAAAGACGAGCUGCCCAGCGAACGACCUUGGAAGUACGGAUGCCGCCCAUGCGAUACUCAAAGGAACGAUGAACACGUGCAGACGCCCCUAUGACUAGAAGCAAUUUGAAGAUCCAUCUCAAAUGGCUACUGGAUCAAGGCCCAUCGCUCUACCCAGUUCUGACGCCGCCCGCGUGGGAGUCCCAUGUGAACCCGAACAAUUCUUAUAGCAAUACCGUCCCAACUUUGAGCUUGUUGAUUCGGACACAGAAAUGGCGCGUCUGAUGUUGGCUCCCCCAUCGGCGAGCAAACCUCGGAUGCUCAGUCAGAAAAAAGAGUCGCCUGGCUCGGCUCGAAGGUCUCCGAAGAUGCGCUCGCCCAGCAAACGAGAAGUUACACAGACCCCCUCAAGGACCAAGGGCGUUAAAGAAUCUCCCAGUGCCUUCUCAUCCUUUAGCCGCAGAGACCAGUUACCCACCACCCUUCGAGCGAACCAGGACCUGGAGCUACCGUCAUCCUUGGACGACAUCGACACGGUUGACUUGACUGGGGACUUUGACCGCAUACCAACUUCAUCUGGAACUGGCGAAGAAUUCGGGGAGCCACGGCGCCUUUGGACCGUGGAUGCCGCAUCUAGACAGCAGCCGAUGGAGAAACGGGGCAAGAAAAGGAAGAGUGAUGAGUAUGCGUGUGACCUGUUAUCUCCUAGGGAACGUCGCGGAGCCCAGUCGCCUUUUGUCUCUGGUAAAGAGGCUCAGACUGAUUGUCCUCUGUCAACACAAACUCCUCGGAAAAGGAUUCCACAAACUCCAAGAGAUGACGCUUCUCUCUCCCGAGCUGGAGAACAGGGACACUCGUCUACUAAAGCAGCCGUGAGAAACCAAGCUAUUCCUGACUCUGAUGAUGAUAGUGCCGGUAGCUUGUUCGAAGACUGGAUGAGCAGCAAGUUGGGUUCUCCUCGAAACGUGGACAAUGCAUUAUACCCAAUCUUGCCAUCAGAGAAGCCGAAAAGGGCCCCUAAACUGACAACGUCCGCUAAGCGAAAAGUACCUAUGUCUCCCGAUUCAACAGUCACAUCGAAAGCGACUCGAGCUGUCACAGUCAAAGAAAGCAUUGCGACCCCCCGAAGGCUCGACCCUCUUCCGACAGCGUCCUUAAUUGCUUCAAAGACAACCACCGAACCUGUCGAUCAGGAUGUUGAAAGAUUUCUUCAAAUCUCCGAUAAUCUGCUAGGUGCCCUGCUAGAACACUUUCAAAACACCAUUCAGAAGAACUCGGAUAUUGUUUACGAAAAGGUAAUGAGAGGCGAACACGGUCCUGACAUUGCAGCACUGGCCUCAGAGAACAACGUCGUUACAGCUCAAAAAUACGCAGUUGAGGCACUGAAGACGCAGAAGUCUGCCUACAAAAAUCAUGAAUCGGAGUCGCAGGCUCUGAAGCAUGCUAUCUUGCAAGUUGUACAUCGAGAAGGAUGCCCAUCAAGCGCGUUGCCAGAAAUUGAACAGCAGAAGAAGAUCUUAUCACAGCUGAAGGACAUAGAAACCGACAUACGCCGUCUGCUCCUUGAAGCUGAUUUAUUUUUUGCCCUGGACAACAUGUCUUUGGGCGACCCUAAAUCCUCCUCUGAGCGCCCAGACUCCUUACCCCAAGCGUCGCGAAGUAGCUUGGACAGGAGUAGAUUUGACAGACGUUCUGUGGCCGAUGAUGCUGCGUUUUCGCGUUCACUUGCGCCCGCCUUGUUAAACGUCAACAACUACCGCUUGAGCCCGACAAGACGUGAAGCAUAUUCUUUUGCGAAUAGCUCCCUGGCGCGCUCGAAAAGUGGACAGUUUGACUAUGAUGAUCCAACGAUAAGCGACGAUGAGACAACUUUCACGAGAGUCAUGGGUUCUCCUCCACCUCCGGCGCAGGACAUUGACGAAUUCGGCAUGGAUGCUUUUGAUGAAGAAAUGCUGGAAGCUGCGGACUGUUUUCAGAAUGAGCAACCCGUCGCGAAUGAAAAACAGGAACCCUACAGCCGCCCUGUAUUUGCUGAGACCUCUGGGAAUGCCCCAAGACUUCCAGCUACACAAAAGUCGCAGACCCAUGGCGCUCUAUGGAAUGAGCACUCGUGGACCAAAGAUGUCAAAAAUGCUUUGAAAGAGAGAUUCCACCUCCGCGGGUUUCGAAUGAAUCAGCUUGAAGCGAUCGACGCCACACUUAGCGGAAAAGAUACCUUCGUUCUGAUGCCAACAGGCGGGGGGAAGUCUCUCUGUUACCAACUUCCGUCCGUUGUGUCUAGCGGGUCAACUAAAGGGGUUACUAUUGUGAUCUCGCCGCUUCUCAGCCUGAUGCAGGAUCAAGUCUCUCAUCUCCGAAAAAACAAGAUCAAAGCGUAUUUGAUAAAUGGCGAGACUCAGCGGGAAGAGCGCCAGUGGAUAAUGAGCACGUUGUCUGGUCGAGCCCCGGAAAAACAAAUUGAACUUUUGUAUAUCACGCCUGAAAUGAUCAACAAAAACGUGACCUUUGCCGAACGCCUCGAAACACUGGCUGACAAGCGAAGGCUAGCGCGGAUUGUGAUUGACGAAGCUCACUGUGUCAGUCAAUGGGGCCAUGAUUUUCGCCCUGACUACAAGGAGCUGGGUGGACUCAGAGCUCGGUUACCCGGGGUCCCCAUGAUGGCGUUGACCGCAACGGCAACGGAGAAUGUGAAGGCCGACGUUAUCCACAAUCUGAAGAUGGAUGGGUGUGAAGUAUUCACUCAAAGCUUCAACAGGCCCAACCUGACGUACGAAGUUCGGUCCAAAUCCAAAGCCAGCGAACUUGUGCAGAACAUCGCCGAUAUUAUCAACAAGUAUCGGAAAAAAUCCGGUAUUGUUUACUGUCUUUCCCGCAGCAACUGCGAAAAGGUAGCAGAAAAGCUUAGGGAUGAGCAUGGAAUAAAAGCGGACCAUUACCACGCUGGCUUGGAAGCAGAGCAGCGGUCUCGGAUCCAGCAGCGCUGGCAACAUGGGGAAAUACAUGUGAUAGUUGCUACUAUCGCUUUUGGUAUGGGGAUCGACAAGCCUGAUGUGCGAUUCGUCAUACAUCACAGCAUGCCAAAAAGCUUGGAAGGAUAUUACCAAGAAACUGGACGCGCCGGGCGUGACGGCAAACGUUCCGGCUGUUACCUCUUCUUCAACUAUCGGGAUGUGAACGUCCUUGAGAGUAUGAUCAACAAAAACGAAGAUCUGAGUGAAGCACAGAAAUCCCGGCAGCUCAAAAUGCUGCGAAACGUCACCCUAUAUUGCGAAAACAAGAGCGAUUGCAGGAGAGUACAGAUUCUGGCUUAUUUCAACGAAUAUUUCCGGCGCCAGGAUUGCAACGCUUCUUGCGACAACUGCAAGUCAGAUGCUACCAUUGAGAAACAGGACUUCUCGCAGCACGCUGUAUCGGCAAUCAAGAUUGUUCGAUAUUUUCAGAAACUGAAAUCUAGGGUCACAAUAUCAUAUUGUGUGAAUAUUCUUCGAGGGACUACGAAGCAGUUCAAAUCCCCAGAGCACAGGCGUGCACCCUGCUUUGGUUAUGGUUCAGAUGUUGAAUUAGGAGACGCAGAACGACUCUUUCGCAAACUCCUGAGCGAGGGCGCUUUGAGGGAGGAAAACGUCGUUUGGCAGGGUACUUUUCCUACCCAGUACAUCAAGCUAGGCGAACGAGCAGCAGAGUUUGAGAGUGGUCAGCACCAGCUCAAAAUGGAUGUUCGAAUUUCGUCGAAUGGUAAAUCCCGGAAGCAUGGUGCCCCGGGGCAUGGCUUUUUGCCCCAAUCUACGAAUGUCUCGUCACCAGUUCAGGCAGCGAACCGCCGACGGCUGGCACGUUACUGCGACAAUGCAGAAGACGAUUCUGGUGGCGAUGACAGCGAAGGCUUUGAACCAAUUCGCGUUGCUGGCAACCGGGAACAGAAGGGAAAAAGCCUUCUUGGGCCGCCAAUCACCCAGGAUCGUCGAUUCGACGAACUGGAUCCCCUUCACAAGAUGGUUGCGGAGGACUUUAUGGUUUAUGCGAAACGCUUUUGUCAGGAAGUUGUUUUCGAGAAAGACCUUCGGAACCAGCCAUUCACUGACACCAUCCUUCGCGAAAUGGUCAUGGUUUUUCCUAAAGAUAAAAAGGAAAUGCUCCAGAUCCCCAAUAUUGACGAGGACAAAGUACAUCGCUAUGGCGACAAAAUGCUUAAGCUGAUACGUGACACUCAGCGCCGUUACUCUGAGUUGAAACAGAACCGUGAUGGUGCCGAUGGCGUUGUCCCUGAUCCGAACCAUACCAAUGUCGUCAACAUCAGCAGCGAUGACGAUGAAUUUGGAGAAUUAAGUGAUUUCGACGAUAUCAUUGAACAAGCGAGUACCCUACAACGCGAUGAAAACGUCGUCACCAGCCAAUACUUUCCGAGGAACCCGCAAACCAUGGAGGACUCGGACGGUGAGUACCGCCCUUCUCCCAAAGCUAGCAGCAAAUCAAGCAGCUCCAAGCCUCAAAAGCGGAAGACCACCAAACGAUCUCGCCGCCAGAGCUCUGAACCAAAACCGAGAGCCAAAGGUUCACGAACCAAGCCCAUAACGAAUAAUGGCCGUUCGCAAGGCCGCUCCUCCUUUCGAAAAGAGACCAGUGGAAGACCAACACGACCCACAAGUCAGAUAGCCGCAAUGCCAUUAUGAUCUCUGGCUUCUCUGAUGUUCAUCGCCUAUUACGAGUUUAACGAAUGCUGCAGGAUGUAUGGUAAUUGGUGGCUUUGCAUUUUAGGCGUUUCAUUUAGGUUCGGCUUUUGUCUACUGUUCCAAACGUUUAUUAUUGUUGGCCCAUUCGUAAGAUGAUAUCCACUCAGGCAUUAUAUAGUGAAAGGUGUUGCAGGCUCUGUUUAUGGCUUGAAUAUAUCAUGUACUGGGCUUUAGAUUCUGUUCGAGAAACAUUCUCACAAGUGACUUGAUCUGUGCAACCCACCUAGUAUUUUCGCAAAAACAAGCUGCCAUACCAUAAGUGAAGCAGCGUGGUUUUUAACAGGAAUCUCAUCGUAAUCUAGACGCUGUUCCUGUAGGUCGUCUGGUCUGCGUUGGAGAGACAGACAACAGCACAGCACCAGCUUGGUUCAAUCAUGUAGUGAACGGCCAAAGUCAAUCAACCUCAGUCGUCUUGCAUCGCGCGGGUGGAACUGAGCAACUUUUGCUCUUACAAGGAAUCUCGACGCGGCCGAUUCUUCGGGGAGGUCCGUAUAAGAUGAACCCGCGUCCAACAAAGCAUCAAGGAGCUCGUGUAUUUCAGUCGCCGCUGCCUCUCGCCUGUUGGGUGGCUGAUUGCGCUCUUGUCCGGUUUGGCGACGGAGCAUAUCAUCAAUCCGAUGCUGGUUAGUGUUCUGAUCAUCCUCCUCAAUGGCCUUGGGCUUCUUCGGUUUACCAAGACGUGUAUACCCGGCUGCUAAAGUAGCGUCAGAAACAUCUGCUAUGUCUCCCACAGCCGGGCCGCCUAAGUUCUCUGCUGCGAUCAUUGACGCGAGGUUUUCGUCACAAAAAUUGUGUAAAGCUUCCCGUAUGCGAUCCGUGUCUUUGUCGAGGUCAUGUUUUCUCUGUUGCUGUUCUUGUAGAAUUUCGCGUGCAACUUCGAAAGGUGGCUUCUCUCUGUUGGCUGAUCUGUCCUUUUUAAUGCUCUCUAUUCGUUUGCGGAGUCCAUCUCUUAUUGACUGCGCACUGCGCAAGUUCGUCUCUUCUGUCUUCAAACGUUGGCGCGCCGCUGCGAUUUUCUCUGCUGUCACUGAAACGGAUAUCUUGCUCUCCUGAAUAAUGCGCAGCGUCUCCUCAAGCGCAACUAGGGAUGGCAGAGGAGAUUCGGGUUCUGGUAAAUCUGCAUCCGAAUUCAAAAGAGAGUCGUAGGCUUUCUUGGCCCUCUGUAUUUGAGCGAUGCGGAUCGACGGUUCGGUGCUUAUUUCAUAUAUAUCGUUGGCAUUGGCCGCCCGAAGCUGUAUCGCUUGUUAGUUGAAGCUGAUACGUUGGAUUUGCCAUUGUGACUGGCUUACAGCAACAUACGCUGCGUAUAUCUUCCUCCUGGCGUUUUACUCGAUCCUGGAGCUCCCUUAGCGUGUCGUCCAAUUUCCUUUCAUAGGCUUGGAUAUCGGACGAGCUUAUUUGCUGCUGGUCAUAAAAGCCCUCGGCCUUCUGACGGUUCCUAGCAAAGCCUUGAAUCUUUUCGACCCGCUCAUGCGACACUUCCAUUUGUGCGAGCGAGGACAUCACUUCGAUUAAAGUGAGCGUGGUGUAU